UAUUCUUGCUCCUUCACCCUCACACCGUCGCAACUGUCUACGGCAAGUCGGCAACCACACGAAAGCACCGUCUGUGCAACCCACGACACCACCUUCCACCGUCGACCUCGUUUUCUCAUCUCUCUGAUUUCUGUUCUCAUAAAAAUUGCGGCCCUCCCCAAUAUUUUGAGCUAGCUCCGCCACUGGUCAAACCCACUCCCACCGGCGAAUCCUCCUCCGUCAAACCCACUCCCACCGGCGAAUCCUCCUCCGUCAAACCCACUCCCACCGGCGAAUCCACCUCCUCCUCCGUCGCACAACCACUCACCAUCGACGACAAUCCAAUCAGCUUAAAUCGCAUCAAAAUCAGCUUAAAUUGCAAAAUCAGCUUAAUCGAGUCAAGUGGCUCUAAGAGGCGUUUCAAUUCAAUGGCUAUUUCCAACGUUCACAUGCUUCAAUCUGCCAGAGGUUUUCAGAAGUGCAAUCUCUCCUUUUCCAGCCACGGCUAUCCCAGAUGCGGUUACCGGACUCGCAACUUAGCUUUUGCUUCUAUGCACACAUCUGAUCCUAAGGUAGAUUCAUUGUUGGACGGUGUAAAAUGGGAUGAUAAAGGUUUGGCUGUGGCAAUAGCUCAAAAUGUUGACACAGGGGCCAUACUGAUGCAAGGCUUUGCAAAUAGAGAAGCCGUGGCUACAACCAUAUCUUCUCGCAAGGCCACAUUCUAUAGCCGGUCACGAUCAUCAUUGUGGACCAAAGGAGAGACCUCUAAUAAUUUUAUCAACGUCCAUGAUGUCUUUCUUGAUUGUGACCGUGAUUCUAUAAUAUACCUUGGGAAACCUGACGGGCCUACCUGCCACACAGGGGCAGAAACAUGCUACUAUACACCAGUCUUUGACUUGUUGAAAGAGGAAGAGGCUGAAGGAAACAAAUUGGCAUUAACCUCUCUGUAUGCAUUAGAGUCAACAAUCUCCCAGCGCAAGGCAGAGUUAGUAGAUGAAGAAAAUGGGAAGCCUUCAUGGACAAAACGAUUAUUACUUAAUGAUAAGUUGUUGUGCUCUAAAAUCAGAGAAGAGGCAAAUGAGUUGUGUCAAACACUAGAGAAUAACGAGGACAAGUCACGCACUGCUUCAGAAAUGGCUGAUGUACUCUAUCAUGCCAUGGUUCUGUUGGCGCUGAAAGAUGUCAAAGUAGAAGAUGUUUUGCAGGUUCUACGCCAGAGAUUUUCCAAGUCUGGUAUUGAAGAGAAGAGAAGUCGCACAACCCAUAAAUCAGUGGAGAAUUGAAUGUUCUUCAUCAAGUGAACAACAUAUUUAGCUUUUGGUGUCAUAGUUCGAUGUACAAGACAGGUUACCGUGUGGCUGCGGUUUCGUAGGGGUAACUCUAGCCCAUACAGCAAACUGCAAGUCUGUAAUACCUUAGUUUUUAUUCUUUGUCGUCUUAGCUCAUUUACCUAAAACUUAAAUUGUUGAAACUUGUGUCCUGUAAUUUUCUCAAUUUGUUGAUUUUAGCUUUGACUCUUGUUUGAUUCCAUACUAUCAUCACAAGAAUUAAAUGAACACCAUGUGAUUUUUCUUGAA